AUGGCCGACCUCGACGUGUUGAUGGACGAGACGUUGACGUUAUGCAAAACACCCCCAGUGCCCCGACGGCACCCCUAUCGCCAGUUCUACCAGUACAAAAAACCAGAGACGACCGCGCCAGAAGACAAGCCCGACAUCGACAUGACCGGUCCGCCCAUGUUUACCUUUGGAUCCGACACCGACCUUGUGCCCCAGCCACUCUUCAGUAGGACCAACUCCAUGCCCAGCAGGAGCAACUCGCUGCCCUCCGGAUCAUCGCGCCCCGUCAGACCACCAGAGCCUUUCCAGUUCAACUCGGACAUUGUCAAGAGCCCCUCGCCACUCUUCAGCAGGAGAAACACGCUGCCGCCGCGCGUCCGACGUGCCAUGGCCUCGGAACGAAAGCCCUCGCCGCUGUCCCAUAGAGAAGAUGCGCAACCGCCCGAGCCGACCCACCACCCCUCUGCCAUCAUGUCCCCGCCCACGUCACCAGAUGAACAGCCACUCGCCCUAUUCCCUACCAUUACCACUACCACCACCACCACCGCAACAACGACCAAGCCACAGCCUACCCUGUCAAAAGCCACCCCAUCAAAACCAAAACCCUUGCCGCCAAAAAUCUUCCAAGCGAUACCUCCUCCAACAAGGCCUCCACCACCCGUCCCGACAAUGGCUACUCCAUCGAAACCGGCACCCUCAAGAGUGAUACCAACAAGGACGACACCAUCAACGCCUUCAUCCCUCACUGCUUCCACCCCGAAACGACCAUCCCCGCUCUCCGGAAAAGGGAGCGUGCGCCGCCCCGGCCCCAGCCAAAUUGCCCCUUUCCAACCUGCAUCGCCUAUGGUACUAUCACCUGUCACUUCCCACACCAGCUCCGUAGCCUCGUCGCCUACCCCCUCCGUCUUCUCGGAAGCUGCCAGUUUUUCUGCCUCGGCACCAUCAACACCAUCGACACCGUCCUCAUCCCCGCCCAGUUCCCCGGACAACCGUCCGCGCUCGCCAAUGUGCUACUUCACACCGACUUACUGGACCAUCAUGACCUCACCCUCCCCAGUCUAUAUCCCAAGGCAGAAGCUAAGGCGCAAGGACAGCCCCAAGAUCGAGAACCUGAGAACCCUCAGAGCAAAAGAGUCCGACGCCUGUCUGGAGGCCAUGUACGACCAGCGAACAUCGGCCUACAUGGAUUGGACAGGCUUCCAGGCCCUCUCAAAUUGA